AAUAGAUACUCCGUAUUAGGCAUCUAAAUACAGUGUAUUAAAGAAAUAAAAGAAGAAAUAAAAGAAAACGCCGGCUGCGGAAGUGCGGAACAGAAGAGGGAAAGUAGGGAAGAAGCGGCAGGCAGCACCGCCUCUCCGCCAGCACCGCCACUCCGCCACUCCGCCAAGCUCUAGCAUGUCUCACCUCGGACGCCCGGUCACCUGCACUCCGCCACCCCCUUCGGCGAUUCGACCAAUCGGCCCUUCUCAAUUUUCACCUUCCCUUGUUACGCCGCGCAGGAGAUCUCUCGGAGGUGACAGAAUCCGUAUCAAGGAACUUGCUCGCGAAGGACAUUUGUGCUUCUGCACAGAAUAUAUUUGGCUGCUGUGUUCUGAAUACUGUGUGAUUUUGAUUGGGCCGAGAGGACUGAUUAGCCAUGGGAGAAAGAAAGGUUUUGAACAAGUACUACCCUCUGGAUUUCGAUCCGGCGAAGAUUCCACGCCGUAGGCAGCCGAAGAAUCAGCAUAUGAAGGUCCGGAUGAUGCUCCCAAUGAGUGUUAGGUGCAGUACUUGUGGCAAUUACAUAUACAAGGGCACCAAAUUCAACUCACGCAAAGAAGGCGCCCUGGGUGAGACCUAUUUGGGUAUACAAAUAUUCAGGUUCUACUUCAAGUGCACAAAGUGCUCUGCGGAGAUUGCAUACAAGACAGAUCCAAAAAAUUCCGAUUAUGUUGUUGAGUCAGGUGCAACCAGGAACUUUGAACCUUGGCGAGACCAAGAUGAGGUUUUGGAUAAGAGAAACAGAAAAGGGAGGCUGAAGAAAUGGGUGAUGCUAUGAAAUCUUUGGAAAAUAGGACCCUGGAUUCAAAAAGAGAAAAGGAUAUUCUCGCAGCUUUGGAUGAAAUGAAAUCCAUGAAGUCAAGGCAUGCAACUGUGAUUGUGGAUGCAAUGCUUGAUGUUCUGAGAGACUCUACCGAGGAAAAGGAAAGAAAAAAGGAGGAAGAAGAGGAAGCUCUUAUUAAAUACUUAUUCAAAGGAGAGAGAGAGAAGUUCAUAAAACUAAUCCGUGAUGAAGAUAUCGAAGAUGAGGACGAAGAUGAUGAGGAUAUAGAUGUAGUUAAACAUAAAAGUGGAGAAUCAUCAAUCAAUUUUCUUAAGAGAAAGCUGCCAGAAGAAAUAAGCAGUAAUCCUACAGAUGUCUUUGCAAAAUCCAUUGCCAGUGACGGAAAAGAUAAAGCAGUGAGAAAAGGGGAUUCCAGUAAAGAGAAUUAUUUUCAAAUCAUCAUCAGUUAAAGUGGCUAUUGUGAAGAAGCAGCAGCCAAGGGAGCCAACAAGCCUGAAAAGCAAUGUAUUAGGAUCAUUGUGUCAAGAAUAUGAAAGUGAUGAGGAUUAUUAGUUGGUCCUCUGCAACACUUUCUCAAAACCGGACCAGGAAUACCGGGUUAGGAAUAGACAUAAAUUCGGUUCAUCCCUACACUGCUACAAACUUUUGCCAUAAAUUAUUUUUCUUUGGCAAACAAGAAACAUAAUGUAAUCCCUUUGUUUAAAUUCUAAAUUGUGUACUCUCAAUGUGAAUUAGAAUUAUAAAUUUAA